CAUCAAAUCCCAAUGAGGAAGGAAGAUCAACAAAAGACAGCUUUUGUGACACCUACGGGCAAGUAUGAAUAUACUGUCAUGCAUUUUGGUCUUGUAAAUGCACCAAGUACAUUCGCAAGAUAUAUUACUGACUUAUUCCGAGAUUCAACAUUCGUAUGCGUCUAUUUAGAUGACAUACUUAUAUUCUCGCGUUCCAAACCGGAACAUUGGAAACAUCUGGAUGAAGUGUUGGGAAGGCUUAAGAAAGAACAACUUAUUGCUAAGCUGAAGAAGUGCCAGUUUUUACAAAGGAAAGUAGAAUUUCUUGGUUUAUAUUAUUGGACCUAACACCAUCGAACCAAUUCAAGGAAAAUGUGAAGCUAUAUCCAGGUUUCCGUCGCCCAAGACCAUCAAGGAAGCUCAGAGAUUCCUAGGAAUGAUAAACUAUUAUCGGAAGUUUAUACCACAUUGUUCAAGAUUGGCUAGACCUAUUAUUGAGUAUAUAACAGGAAAAGAGUCGUGGACUAAACCACAGGAAGAAUCGUUUAUUGCACUUAAGAAGCAUUUGAUGGAUAAGCCGUUGCUAGUUCCAUUCAAAGAAAAGGCCAGCUACAGACUCACGACGGACGCGUCGAAAGAAGGUAUUGGGGCCGUACUAGAGGAAAUGCAAGGUAGACGAAUGGUAGGAGUUGUGGGAUAUUAUUCCAAGUCGUUGGAAAAAGCACAAAAGAACUACCCUGCUUGAGAAUUGGAGUUGUUAGGAGUGAUCGCAGCACUUGAACAUUUUAAGUACGCACUCCAGGGAAGAAGGUUUCUGUUGAGAACAGACCAUAUAAGUCUACUCGCACUGAAGAACAAGCGCGAACCAAGCAGACGGCUUGCUACUUGGAUAGACAGACUGGGAGAUAAGAACGUGGUGGCCGAUGCCAUCUCGAGGGCCGAAUAUCCCAUAGAAUUGGAUGCCCUAGAAUAGGUCCCGAGAAUAGAUCCACGGAAUUGGAUAGAGGACUGGAAAAGCGAUGCUUUGGGAGCUGCAGCUCUACAGUAUCUGGAGAUAAUAGAGAACACGAAUGUUCUACCUGCCGAACGCAGCGAUUUUACGAAAUACAAGAAGAGAUUUGAACUAUCUUCGAAGUUUCGUGAGAAAUUCACGUAUAGGGACGACACCCUACGAUACGACGAACGGAUUAUCUUAGAGACUUUCCCUGAUAGUCCGUUGCAUGGAGGACACUACGGUUCCCACAUUACGUAUCCAAAGGUUGCCGAAUAGCUAUAUUGGCCAAAUUUAGCCAAAGCAAUCAGCCGCUACGUGAGAACUUGUAUUCAGUGUCAGUUGAUGAAAGCCCACCGACCCCAAAAUAAUGGAUUGACACACACCAUUGCCGAUUGCAGAAGGACGUCGGACGGAUAUAUUAAUGGACUUUAUCACAGGAUCACCACUUACAUUGAAUGGAUUAGAUAUGAUCCUAGUAGUGGUAGAUAAAUUUUCCAAACGAUGCCAUCUUAUCGCUUGCAGGAAAACUAUUGGUGGUUCACAAGUAGUUGAUCUGAUGCUUAAACGCGUAUUCGCUUACCAUGGGUUUCCUAGAACGAUAACACGCGAUAGGGACGUCAGAUUUACGUCUAACCACUACCAAGAGAUGACAAGACGAUUAGGGACAGACUGAACGAUGUAUUCAGAUACUUAACAGGCUGUUACGUAGUUAUGCUAAAACCAACAUCAAGCGUGGGACAAGUUAUUACCCCAAAUUGAGUUUGUCUACAAAUCAGCAUACAACAUUGACCGUUUGAAAUCGACUUAGGGUUCCGACCUUACCCACCGUUGUUGGACACCACCGGACAGCUGGAAGCUAGAAGCUUUAGCACGGUAGAGUUGGUUAAGAAACUUAAAGUACUAGAGCUCCGGACUAAGGAAAUGCUACAAAAAAACCAAGUUAGAAUGGAGGUUGCGACGAAUAGGAGGCGGAGAGGUUUGGAUUAAUGGUAGGAGACUUCGUCUUACUUCAUCGUGACGCAUAUUUCAAGAAAGGACCAUUUAAAAAGGUACAACCAAUAUAUGUGGGACCUUACCGUGUAGUCAAAAAGAUAAAUGACAACGCUUUCGAGCUAGAUCUACCAUCUACAGUGAAAGUUCGCCGUGUCAUCAAUAUCCAAUGGCUAAAGAAGUUUGAAGACAGAAAAGAUCAAUAUAUAAAAGGAAGACCUAGAGGACAGAUUGAGAAGGUGGCAAGAAUAACAGAAAUUGUGGCCAUUGUAGAACACAAUGAACAGGUAAAAGUCUAUUAUUGCCAAAUGAUGGACGUAGAUCCAAGAUUGACUGUAACGUAUUCGGAAAAAGAAGUAGAGAACUUAGAUGUGCCAAGGAGAGCCUCGCUUAUUGCUAAUUUCGAGCAAUUGCUGGAACAAGAUUCGAACCCAUAA